AAUUAAAUUUUAAGUAAAAAUUUUGUGAUUCAACGUAAAAUAUGAGUUGUAAUAGUUCAAAUUUAAUGGGAUCAACAUCACGUCCAUGCCAAUUAAUAUUACAACAAUGUUUGGCAUUGACAUUACGUAAAAUUGGCGCUAAUGGUCAACCAUCAAAUAUUGAAUCUGGUGAAUUUUGGAUGUACGACAGUGGAUAUUUAUUGUUUCAAAGUUUUCUUUCAUCGAAUUCAAAAUGUUGGUGGAAUAAAGGCCUAGUAACAGCAUGCAAACAAUUACACUAUGUUGGCUACGUACAACAUGGUAUGCUAUUAAUUGGUAGCAAAGAUGCAUGCGCUUUGGAAUUAGUGCGUGCUGCAUUUGCACGUGGUGUAUUAAAACCACCAGAGGGUCAUAUCAUUCAUGCACUUGGUGAUAUUGAAGAUUGUAUUGUUACACCCUGUAUUCAAGGACAAUUCACACCAUUACCAGAAGCUUUAUGCGAUGUCAUUCUAGAAUUAACAACAGCAGGGAAUGAUGCUGGUGUUGAAACAAUUCGAAAAACGUUGUCGGAACGUUUUCCAAAUAUUCAGAUGCCAAAUCAUGAAACUGUUUAUGAUACACUGGCACAAUUAAUUGCCGAACGAAAAAUUUAUCAUACCUCCAAAGGUUAUUUUAUCGUCACACCAGAACGACGACGUAGUCGAAGCCAUUCAAAUGGACGAUGUCCAAGUAAUAGCUCACGUUCAACUCCAUCACAUAUGACGAAUGGAAUUGGAUCUGGAUCAUAUUUACAUCAUAAAGAUGAAGCAAUCGACGAAGAAGUGAUUGAAACUCGUCGUCGAAUGUUAUUAUCAGAAGAUGAACUUUUGGUAAUUGCGCAUGGUGAUAUGGCCACACUACGUGAUGGUCAUGUGACACAUCAAUGUGUGCAAACUAGUCUUCGGGACGUUAUUUGUGGGGGAAGUCCAUCCGAUAAAAUAAUUUAUCCAAGAUCAGCAAAACGACGAUCAGCAUCAUUUCCUGUAGCGCCACGUAAUGGAUCCAGUCCAGAUCGUCGAAGAUCCACUUCAACAGGUCGUGGUGGCGCUGGAAGCACGGCAUUACGACUUUGGGGCUCCGCCAGACGUUUACGACGCUCGGCAAGCACACGAUCGUUAGCACGUGAUAAGCAUCAUAAUGCUACAAUGACUAGUACUGAUAGCAGUAGUGGUACCGAAUCAAAUGGUAGUCCAAAAAAAGCUUCGCUACUGUCAAGACUAUUUCGACGAUCAACGAAAAGAAAUCAACCAUUAGGUACAUUUUCCGCACAAUUUCCACCACCUGAAUGGUUCAAUUCAACAGCAAUUCAUUUACAUAGUGUUGGAACUCAAACUUCUGUUGCGGAUAUGCAGCGUGCACAACAAGAAUAUUAUAACUGCAACAAUUCCGAAACAACAGAAUUAGAAAUUCAUUCAUCAGCUCGUAGUUCAACUUUACCAAGGAGUCAUAUAAAUCGCCAUCAACGACAUUUAUCGAAUGAAUCAAACGGAUUAACAGUAUCCUACGUAGAUUCACGUGACCAGUCACCAAAUCCACGCCGCUUAUCACCAAUGUUAAUGCGAAAUUAUAAUACAAACUCAUUACCAAGAUCACCAAAUCAUAAAGCACGAAAAUCGUCAAAAACUACGAUCGAAUCGUCAAAGAACAGUAUCGAAUCGGCCAACAGCCGAUUACAAUCAUCAACAGAUAUAAAAACAAGCGAUCAUUCGAACGAUCGACUAUCAAAAACAAUUAUUGAUUCUAGAAAUCGUACAGUUCGGCAACAAAAUUUACAAAAUGGUGAUUGUCGAAAUUCAUCUGAAUAUCGUUCAAUGCGUGAUAAUACCCUUGAAAAACGACAACGAUACUCAGUUGAGAGUCGUUCUAUGCGCGACAGUAAUAAAUCAACUUUAGAACGAAAAUCGAAAUCAACUAAAAAAACAGAGACGCCAUUCGAAUCACCAAAAUUCAAUGGUAGUAUUAUUAGUUCCGAUUUUGGAACAAUUAAUCGUCAUGAUAGCAUUGAUAAUGGUAUUUUUAGUGGUCCAUCAAGCUUAGAAAGUCACAAAACAUCAGACUCAUCAAACAGGAGUAGUGGUCCCACUUCGUUAAAUACAAGUGGACCAAGUAGCUUAGAAUCCCAAAAAACUGUAAUUUCAUCACCAACAGCUAAAAAUAAAAGUGAAGUAAAAAUUACAAAAAACGAAUCAUCGAAAUUGAAAAAAUCAAGUAAAUCUCAUAUUUCGAAAAGUAAUUCAUUCACAUUACAAGUGACAACCAAUAAAAAUGGCGUAAGUGUGUCCAAUUACACAGGGGACCAAAUUGAUGAUACCACUACAACGGCAACCAUAAACGGGACUAAUACAAAAAUAUUUGUACAAAAUUCUCCAAUUCGUUCAGUAAUCACUUUUGAAAAUGGUCAACAACAACAACAACAAGAUUCUAAGGAUUAUAUAAUCAUAAAUAAUGACGCAGAAAAGAAUGCAAAGGAAGAGGCAAAAGAUACGCACACUCCUUUGCGUGAAAAAACUGUUAAAAAUACAAAUAAUCAUCAAAAUGGUUCUUAUGAAUCAUCUCCCCCUCCAACAAUUUUAAACAAUUCCAAUAUUGGUUUAAAUGAUUAUGAAAAUUCUAUGAAUAAUCGUAAAUUAUCACUUCAAAUGCCGACGACAAAAGAUAGUUUAAAUUAUAAAAAUGUCUUAAAAAAUGUCCAACCAACCAAUCCAAUCUCAAAUUCUAAUCCGGGAUCACCAGUAAUUAAUUUCCGUGAUUUUACUAAAAAUACAUUUGCAAAUAGUAAUCCACCAAGUCCAACAAAAUCAUUUGAUAGUUUUAGCGGAUCGGUUGGUAGUAUUUACUAUGAGAAAAAUUCUGAUAAAUUAGCCCGACAUAGUUUAGAUCAAACAAAAUUAUAUCCAAAUGGUUUAAUUGAUAACAGUUCAAAUUUAAGUAUAAAUAAAAUCCAAGACAUAAAUACGUUAGGAUCAGAGCCAAAUUUAUGUUUGGAUAAAAUUGAUCGUGAUAAGACACUAACUCGGGACAAUGUUGAUGGAUAUAGUUUUCCAAGUUUAAGCGAUUUAAGUUUUAAUUUUACUAGUUUGGCUGCACAAAAAAUAUUAAAAGGUGUUAGUAUUAACAGUGUCGACACUCUAGUAGAAUUAAAUAUGGCAGCGAAUGCUGAAAAACAGAAUAAUUGUGAUGUACAACAUACCGAUUUUGGAAUUGUUUAAAAUACAUCCUGAAGGACUAUUUUAUUGUUUUUACAUUACACGGAGUGUAAGUGAGUUUGACGUAGCUUUCAAGAGAUUCGAAAGAGCCGAAUCUAAGACGGUUUGUAAUCGCCAGCAAAUUAAAAAGAAUACUGUAAAUAACCAAACGUUCAGACAUUCCUCCAAUCGAGCUAUUCAAGUUAUAAAUAAAUAUUUUGCGAGUACAUGUCGUAUCGAUAGUAAAAUAGAAGAACGUUCAAUUUUUUCAGUCGUCGAAAUACCAUAAAUAUUAAGAAUUUACUAAGCUGUCCAUUCCGUUUCAGAGUCCGUUCUUUUUAUCCCUAUCAAUGUCAAACGCACUUACAUUGAGUGUAGCCCGAACAUACAUAUUUAUUAAUUUAACCAAUAUUUUAAUUAUUUUUAGCAAUUACUUUUUAAAAUUAAUCAUUUACAGUUGUACAGUUCUUUGUUUCCUUCCUUCAGAUAAUUAAGUAGAACAUGUAUAUAAACAAAUCUGUGUAUAAAUUUUAUUUUAAUGGUCCAUAUUAUAUUAAGUCAAAUUUUGGCAAUUAAAAACCUAAAAUUACUUGUCAUUGUACAUACAAUUUUAAAAAACAAGAUACACAAACGAUAAAUCAUCGUGAGAACGUUUUUGAUUUUUAAUUAAAAUUGUUCCGAUUAAGACACUGUCCCAAAUGGCAUACUUUUUUAGUUGAAUCUCAAACAAUAAAAAGGAGAUUUUUUCAAAAUAAAACAAAAAAUACGUAGCAAAGACGGUGUUAAUUCAGCGAUCGUUUUCAAAAAUUAAUAAUUAAAGUAUUACAUCGCCUAUUAUAUUUUCAUUACAAAAGAAACGUUUUGUAGGAGGGAGUUUUAGUAAAGAUUUUCCAUGGACAGUGUAUAUCGAUACAUAAUGAAAUACGUCAAAUUUGCUAAAAAUCCAAGAAGGAAAAAUGCAAGAGAAAUGUUGUUGAAAACUGAGUUUAUUUUCGAAAAAUAAUAAUCACACAUUUAUUUAAACAAAAUAAAUUAAGUUAUAUAUUAUUCUUUGUUAAUAAUUUCUUUAUUAAUUAAUCAGUUUAUUAAUUAAAUAGCACAAAAAAACAUAAUCAAUAAUUCUAUUUAUCAAUUUUAUGUAUUAUAAAAAUAUUUUAUUGAAGAAAAAAAAUCAAUCAAUAUUUAUCUACUAACCAAUAAAAGACAGAGUGAUUGUUUGCACGCUAACGUCCAAAUAAUUUCAAAAAUUAUAUCCGUGAUAAUUUUGUUCGCAUAAAACUCUUCAUUUAACUGGUUCAAAUCCGAUUUUCAAUAGUUUUAGACGUUAAACUUAAAGUUUCUACAGACAUUUAUAUGUUCUAUAGGUGAUUUUAAGUUUUCACCCUUGCAUUUCUAGGACGAAAUUAGAUGAUUUUAAGUUUUCACCCUUGAUUUCAAAACCGAAAUUAAAAAUUAUACAACUAGAAACACGUAUCGAAUAAUUCUUAGAGAAAACUAAAGUAAAUUAUUUAGGUUUUUAAGGGAUCUUCAUGGUCAAACGGGAGUCAACUUUGUCUUUUCAAAUUAAACAAAAAAACAAAUUGAGGUCUAAUGAAAAUUUUUUCAAACAAAAGUUAAAACAAAGCCGGUAUGUGUUUUUCAGUUUUUUGAUUUUCAAUUCCAGUUUUGAAAUAUAGUUUCUUCCAAUUACUUCAAAUUUUUAUAUUUUGAUGAUUUUGAAAUACAAUUAUAUUUGCAAACAAUAUUUUUGAGUUUUUCAAAAUAUUUGUACGUUGGAAUGUAAAUAGACACGUCGUAGAAAAACAAGAAGUAUAAUAAAAUCUUAUAAUUUGAAAUUAUAAUACAGUCAUUUUUCUUAAUUAAUUAAUUAUUAUAUUUCUAAUCAAAUCAGUGCCAAUGCCAAUAUUUAGGAUUAAAUUCAAUAUUUAAAAAAAAUAAAUAAAAACUUG